AUGGGGUCAGCUUGCUGUGUGGCUGCAAAGGAGAGAAAUCUUCCGAGUGGACGUGGAGGUGAUGCUAAUCAUAAUCCGGCGUGCUCACCACCGUGGAGUUUUCGCCGUGACAACAGGAGGCGCGUGGCUGAUAAGAUUGAAGAUUUACCUCAUCACAAUAAAAUGUCAUUACCGCCAUCUGAAAGAGGAAGCUUUCCUGGGGAUUUAGCUACUCCUGUUUCUCAUAAAUCCGCAAACUCAGAAGAGAUGGGCACAACUUCGACGAUUCGAGCACCUUCAGUCUCUCAUGUAUCUAUUUCCUUAGCUGCAGAUGAAUCUUUGGCAAGCCCUGUUUGUGUUGAGGUGAGAUCAUUUUUACUUGCUCCAAUCGCUAGAGUGAAGAAUAUAGUUGAGUCACCAGAUAUUGUUUCAUCAGCUUUACCUAAGCCUUCAAGUUCCACCUCCUUGGCCUGUGAUCUUCCAUCAGUUCACACACACUCGCUUCCUCCUAGAUCAACCCCAUCUAGACGAUCUCGAGGUUCGCUUACUGAUAGUAAAGCUUUGGGAUUGAAAUCUCCCAGUGAUUACUCAGCAUCUGAAGGAAGGUCGUCCUUUGUGCUUUCGACCUGUAGCAAUGACACUGCCACCGUCUCCCAUAACGGCUCCUCUGAAGGUGGCUGGUCCAUGAACGCCUUUUACGAGCUGAUGAUGGCUCAAUCUCAGAGGGAGAGAUGGUCGUUUGAUAGCGAGUACUUAGGCUCUGGAAGAAGGAGACUCAGUGGGGGUAGUAGUAGUAGUAGCAGAUUCUCUUCCUCGCCUUCCGUUGGUCAGCAGAUUUGUGGGAGUUGCUCGAAGCUUUUAACCGAGAGAAGGACUGCCAGAUUUGACCUCCAGGUUGCUGCUGUUCUAGCGUGUGGCCAUGUCUACCAUGCGGAAUGCUUAGAGAGCAUGACAAGUGAGACUGAAAAGUAUGAUCCUUUGUGUCCCAUAUGCACUGUUGGUGAGAAACAAGUUGCGAAAAUAUCGAGGAAAGCUCUAAAGGCAAAGAACUAUAGAAGAUGUAGAAGCCGAGUGAUAGAUAGUUAUGUACCCAGUGAAUGUGAGGAGGAGAAAAUAGGGAAACGAGAAGGAAAAGAUGUGAAGAUGGAUCCUCCUAGUUCGAGUACCAGAGGCUCCACUUCUAAGUCAUAUACAAAAUGGAACUUUGGUUCCAUCAGCUCCAAGUGGAGUAAACCCUUAGGAAGAGAUUCUACAUCGAAGAAGAGCUUUUUGUCUAGACAUCUUAUUAGUAAAAGAUGA